UCUUGCCAGUUUUCUAAAUGGUCCUUCUGGGUUAGGCUCUGCAUAAUCAGGAAGUUUCAUUGCAAUUUCUGGUAUCUUUCUCCCCUUCAUAUUCUGCAUAUUCACGAAGCUGCAUUCCAAUUUCUGGAGACUCUAUGGUAUAAAAAGAAGCUCAUUUCAGUCUUCGAUCCUCAAUUCAUCUCCAGCCCCUCAGAAAGGUACUCCUUUGGUACUGCUCUCCAAUUGCAGGAUCAUAAUGCAGGCCGCUAAAGCUGCUAUUUGGGAUCCUCUUUGUCAUUAUCUGAAUUCGAGUGAAACACGAACGAAGAAGCCUAAAAAAAAGAAAGUUGACAAAUCGAACCAAUGCUUGAUCAAAUCAGUAACACGUGUACGUUUGUGGAAUUCCAAUGCUUUUGAUGCUUUGGAGAGUAGAAAGCCAAUCCUGGGGAAUGUUAUGGAAGCAUUAGCUGAUCCUGAUACUCACUUAAUUGGAGUUUAUGGUUUAGAUGACGAGAUCAAAGACACUUUACUUCAAAGAGUUUACAGAAGAAUUCAAAAAGAUAAUCUGUUUGAUCUGGUUCUUACUGCAACGGUAACAAGAAAACCUGAUGUGAAGAAAGUUCAAGAUGAACUUGCAAGUCAGCUAGGGUUCACUUUUAGACAGAAGUCCAUAGAUAAAAGGGCCAACGAGCUGAUUCAUAGGAUCAAGAAGGAGCACAAGAUUCUGAUUGUACUUUGUGAUCUCUACGAGAGGCUUGACUUGGGUAAGGUUGGAAUUCCAUAUGGCAUAGAUCACACAGGUUGCGAGAUAUUAAUCACUUCUACAACUGAAGAUGUGCUAUCCAAUCACAUGCAUACCCAGAAGAGUUUCAUGGUCUGAUGAUUCUCUUAAUGUAUAAACGCUUUAAGCUUUUGCUGAGAGUUACCGGAUCAUAUAUGUUAUAAGGGGCUUAUUGAUUAUAUGUUUGCUCUUUUUUUC